CCGCGAGCGCAUCGGGUAAGCCAGCUAAAUUAGCGUAUCCGAUUUAUGAAUACGCCACAGACCCACAUGUGCCUUGUGAAAUACAACAGAGGGUGCCAAGAUACAAGAUACAACUUACAAGAUACCGACGUUCCACACUGGGACUGAAAUGUCAUCAAAGUAUACCAUAUCAAAAUAAUAAUACAAGUUACAACAUCUGAAAAAGACUAAGAGUAUAGGAAGAUAUGGCAAAGGUCUCAAAGAAAACCAAGGCGAAGAAGAAAGAUUUUCAAAAGGUCAAGUUAAAACUUGGGAAAAAGCUGCCAAAGUCACAGAAUGAUACUACAACGUCGUUUAAGUCGCGUGCUAUUCAACUCAAGGAUCAGCUGAAACAGUCCAAGGAUGAACCACAGACACAUAGGAAGCAAAACAUCACUGAGCUACUAGGUCAGCUGCAGCACUACAGCCCCACGGUUCGUCUCGCCGCACUCACCGGCCUCAAGCAGCUGCUCACCGACCACCCGCAGCUGAUCCGUGCCAACCUCUCCACGCUGCUCGACCGCACCGCCGAGUCGUUCGUCGACCGCGACCCGGCUGUGAGGCGUGCCGCCGCCGCGCGCUGCGCGAUGUCGCACGUCGACGCGGCCGUGCGCGCCGACUCGCUCGCGCCGCUCGACGUCUACCUCGAGUUCUUGCCGCGCACGCUCGCCGCCGCCUCGCCACGCAUCCUCCGCGACUUCCUCGAGCUGAUCUCACGGCGGCGCGACGAGAAGGACGGCGGGGUCGCGGGGUCGCGGCGCGCGCUCACGGUCGAUCCUGCGAGUCGGCUGUCGACGCAGCGUUGGCGCGUGAGCGUUCUGCGGCGCAUGAGCGUGUUUCUGCGCGCGUACCACGGGAAGGAGGCAACGACAGCGACGGAGCGAGGGCGGGAACGCGGCGGGGACGGCGGGUCGCGCGCCAUGUUCCUGUAUGGCGGCGCGCAUGCCUUCACGGCGGAGAGCUCGACUUGCAAGCUCAGGGACGUCAGAAACCACAAACACAGGAAUGCGGUUUCGGACGCCAAGGAGGCGUCGCUUGACGGUCCGAUGCAGCUGACGGCAUUCGUGGACACGCUGAUGCCGCUGCUGCUCGACUUGUGGGUCGAGUCGAAAUCGAAGCAGUCCGGCGAACAUCUACCCGAGAGCGUCCUAUCCGAGGAAGCGGCUACGGUCGUCGAAAUGAUCUUUGAAGUGAUUUUGCUGCUGCUGCAGUACAUCGAGAGGGCGUCGCGGGAUUCCGACGAAAUAAGCGUAACCUGGCUAGAGGAGAAGUACGAGAAAGAAUUGACUCAACACUUCUUUACAAAUUUCCCGUACACGUUGACCGAUACCCCAGUUGGCACUGGCAAGAAAAGUAAAGUGCGGCCAAACCGGGUUCAGAAGGUGCGAGCUCUCAACGUGAACAUCGCCGUGGCGACGGCCCUCGCGACCAUCCUCGGACGAGUCGAGCGACCGAGCGUGGAGCAGCAGGACCUGCUGAGGAAGGCUGAGCAGUAUGCGGCGGAGGUCGUCGAGGCAACAGGAACGCGCACGGCGACAGACCUCCGCGAGAUGCUCGCGCUCGUCGCGAAGCUGCUGGCGGCUCGCUCGACUCGAAACGGCGGUUUCGUCGGCGAAGCGUCCGAGGCGGCCUACAAGGCGUUCGCUUGUUGUCACCCGUCGUCUGCUCAGAAGCAGCGUCUGCUGGAGAUGUUCUGCAAUGUUGCUCUCGAAACGCCACCUGGCGGCAGCAUCACAUCGUUAGACCACUGGCUGUCGGCGCUGCCUGUUACCCUGGUACAGCUAGACCUGUCACAGUGUGGUAGUGUGUCGAGCGUGCUGGCGCUGAUGCACAGGGCUGCCUCGCAACAGAGAGCCGCGUUCCUGACAAGUCUACAGAAGCAGUUGACCACAAUAUUAGGUAUGUUACCGGGAAUGAGUCACGAGCAACAGAAAACAACUCUGCAGCUACUCUAUUUUGCAAAGACUUUACGGAAGACGCAUUUCCACGUACUGGUAAAUUGGGUUCGAUCUGAAGCCACGGACAUGACCCUGGUGAAGUAUCUACUGUCCCUGCUCAAUGGAAGGUUAGCAAAGCAGCUGACGUCAGGAGAAGUGUGGACAGAGCCUUCCGCUUAUAUCAGCUACACGAUCUCUCUACUCGUUGGAGGCAGCGUGCCAAAGAUGGCUGAACAGCAGUUUCCAACAAUGCCACUACUGUCGCCGCAUGUUUAUGCACCGGAAAUAGAUGGUGGCAGUCUAGACGGGUGGCCCCGGCAGAAAGACGUCGUCUUGGCCGUGCAUGAUAGCAUACGUCUUCUACCAAACUCGCAGCAAGUCGAAGAUUUGUACCUUGGCCAUGUAGAACAAAUUCUGUCCGACCUCUCCCUUUAG